AUGGAUAAGAUUGGUGAUAUUGAUCAGAUGUUAUCAAAAGGUGAUGAUGAUGAUAUAGUGAUAAGGGAUACUAACGUGGAAGCUACCGCGAGUUCCUUAAAACGACGCCAUUAUCAACGAAAACGAAAAGAAGGAACAAUUGAACAAAUUUCAUCAUUUUCUGUCGAAAAAAAUCAAAAAAUACCAACACCACCAUCUCUUCAUAUAGCAGUUAAAUCAGAAUACGACGACAAAGAAGUUAGUUUUCCUUAA